CGUAACAUUGCCGUCGCGGGUUACCGCAUUUAGUGAGCAUCCCUCGGGAAUGCCAUGUUUGUUUACCCCCGUGUGUCCGCUUCCAGAUGGCUCCUGUCCUCUCCAGUCAGCGCAGCGCUCUUUCCGCGCGUUUCUGGCGCCAUUCCAGGCGCCGCUGCUCCCAGGGCCCCGGCUCAAGUGGCUCAACACGCCCGAGGCCGUGCCUGACGGAUCCCGACACCACCUCCGAGAGACGGACGGUCGUGAAAUGUGUCGACCUCACGGUGUUCAAGGUCAAAUCAAAAAUGGAGGAUGGUGACUGAGUGAGGUACGGAGACAUGCUGGUUUGUUUAUAAGGGGCGGCCUUCGGUAGCUGGAGUGUUUCUGUGUGUGCCUUACGGUCAUUUGGCAGGGGAGUUUGACAGGCAACGCGAUCACAAUACAGGAUACAGCUGGAGGAAGGCUUCCGAGUCUGGAAGUCGGUCAGGGAGGUCGCCGCACGGCACGAUACUUUCUCUGAACGUCACAACAGCCCGCGCGCCAUGUCCCUCCUUCCCCACCGAAAGGGAAGGAAUUUCGCUUGCAGUAAUGCGGUUGGAUUCUGAGCGAUGAUAGACAUCUCAGCGCAAGCCGUCCGCGGGGAAAUUUAGCCGAUGCCAAAUGAUUUCUCCCCAUCAGAUGAGCUUCAGAUGGUGAGCAUUGAUCAGCACAGCUCCGCUAGCUGUCCCCGUCACACACAGCGUGCUCGUGCUCGGGAAGCGGUCCCUAAAACUGACAGUAUUUAACCUUACAGGGUCGGUCUUGUAUUCCUGGUGUUGACAGGCAGUAUUUACUGGCUCUUGCUGACGAGAAUCUGAUCGCGGGGUGCCAAAUUUUAGCAUAUCCGGUUCCCGGGCACGAGAAAAACGCCGCUGUCAAAACUCUGUGCUCCACGGGUCGAUUCCAGGUCGCCAAGCCUCGACCAAGUUUUGUCUCUCUCUCUUGCCAGUACAGUUGGUGUAGACGACACUAUGACAGUGCCAGAGAGUAGACGGAGAGGAAUGCGUAGUCACAGCUAAAGCUAGAGAAAGGGGAACUGGUGGUGAAGGAUUGCUGAGAUCAGUCCCGGAGUCAAGGCGCGAGGACCGCCAUGGGUCAACGGGCGGUGAAACAACACGUGGAGGAAGGUCUCAAACACUACGACGCUCACAACAUCGACGCCGCCAUUACCAAAUGGACCAAAACUCUCCCCAAAAUCACGGAACCUCGCCUGAAAUUCCGAACCCUGGGCUACCUCGCCUCAGCUUGGGACGAGGUGGGGAAAUACAGAGAGAUGCUGAAGGCAUCCAUACAACAGAUAGACGUGGCGAACUCUAUGGACGCGGACGAGUUCCGGGAAGAGGCGUAUCUCAACAUAGCGCGGAGCAACGAGCGGUUAUGCGAGUACGAAAAGGCCAUCGCGUACUGCAAACAUAGCCUCAACAACGCUUUUGUGGGGCGCAGGCGGAAGCACACGUUCGGACGGUUUUACCACUGCAUGGCGAAUGCCCACUUGGGUCUGAGCGAGUUCUGCACCGCGUUAGAACACUUUGAGAACGCGCUGUCCUAUUCCCAGACCUACGACGAUAGAGUGCUGGAGUGUAGGACUUUCCUGAGCGUAGGGGGACUGUUUUAUCAGCUGAGAGACUACGAGAGGAGUCAGUAUUUUUACGGAAAGGCGCGUGAGAUCUUGGGGGACUAUGGAGCGAGGUGGAGCUGGAAGAUGGAGACAGUGUGCAGCUUGAACAUAGCCAUGGCGCAGAGGAAGAUGGGACGGCUCACCGAAGCUAUGGAGUCUUGCGAGGAUGCCAUGAAGAUAGCCCUUCACCAAGGCGACCGGCCGUCCCAGGCAGAGUGUCUCAGGUGCUUUGCGGACAUUCACAGAAACAGGGGCGACAUAGAGCGCGCCUAUCCCAGAUAUGAAGCCUCCCUAAACAUCAUGGUAGAAACUGGAGACCGUUAUGGACAGGUGCAAGUGCUGUCGGGAAUGGCCAAGGUGCUGGUCAUGAACAAGCAAUUUGAAAAGGGUAUGGAGAUGAACAAAAAAGCUUUGGAACUUGCUCUGGCCAUAGGUAACAAGCUUUCCCUCCUCAGGGCCCACUUCCGGUUGGAAAUGCUGUACCGGUCGCUAGGGGACUUCCAGCAGAUGCGAGAACACGUGGUGAAAUACACACAGGCGCUGGAGGCGAUGGAGCUGUACUGUGGGGCCUGUGGGGACACGUACGGGGAGAAGCCGGACAGGAUCGAGGCUCUGCCCUGCUCACACAUAUUCCAUUCCAGAUGCGUGGAAACAACGCUACAAAAAACAACUGGCUGUCCAGACUGUCGUCGCGUCAUGCUGCGGCCUGUGUAUGUCUGAGGGGCAAAAGGACGUCCAGUUGUUCUUUUAAACAUUUGAUUCGAAUCAAACAAAAGAAUGGUGCUAUUUUGUAUCAUGUCGCUAGAGGCGCUCGAAAGCGGUCGUUGACUGACACAUUGCAAGAAAGGAAAGUUUAAUAUACGAUUGAUUUUGGGAAAAAAAGUUGAGAAAAUGGAUUUUAUAGAUUUAUACUUCUACGAAAUAAAGUCAACGGCCGCGAUCGCUGAUCUGUAUAAAAGCGCCAUCUAGCGAUAUUUAUCAUCAAGGUCCUACAGUGACCAAUAUCAUGUAUGACGACGUGGAAGUUAAUUUAUUGUUUUCUUAUCGUUGAUUGUACUGGCUGUUAUCAAGAAUAUGUUUUAAUUCUUACGGUCUAAACGUCAGAUGCAAUAAACAAGAACAACAUCAAACAGGCGACGCAUACUCAAAGGCAAUUCCUUGUAUUGAAAGAGGAGCUUAGAUUUGAAUUUCUCUUCAAUUCACGGAGAAACAAAGAUUAGAGGAACGGACUCAGUCUUUGAAAUCUUUAUAGUUAUUUUGAAUACCGUAUAUUCGGUAUACUGAUUUUGUUAACAGAAGCAGUUAGUUUAUUUUGAUGUACAUGUAUAUAGCUAGCAGAGGUCGACUUUCGACAGACAUUUUGAACCGUCUCAUGGACGUACGUUGGUUUUCGUUCGGUUUGAUUAACAUAUUACCUUAUUUACCAAUGAUUUACACGCUGACAUCUAUCUUUCCGUUAUUUUGAACUUUCGUUAUUGACAGACAUUUGACAUAAAUUUGAUUCAAAAUUUUACCUGUCUUUAUCUUGACACUUGGACAUUCUUUGAAAGACAAAAAUAUGGAGAAUUUUGCCUGAUUGCGCCUCUUCUCAAAUUUAAUCUUCAACCAAUAAAGAUAAGCAAUUCAUAUUCAUUCUGUUGAAGAUUUCAAUUGAUUUACCAAAUACAAAUGUAACGCAUCUGAAAAGGGCACUUAUGAUUUUGAGAAGGUCGACAUGGGCAAUCUUUCUUCAUGGUAUAAAAUAAGUGUGUGAACUGUAUAUACAAAUUGCUUGGUUCUAUGAUUUGGACCAUGUUUAUCGUGCGGGGUCAAAAUAAUGACCACACAAACCAAUGUGUGCACAGUUUUCGUUUUUAUUUACUUUUUAAGUAGUUCUGUACUAUUGCUUUCAUCAGUAAUAUGAAAAAAAGGAAAAUACAUUUCUUAUUUGGUAUAAUGUACUAAAUAUCAUUCUUGAUAUAUUUAGCAUUGUUUUGACUUUUCGUCAUUUUUAGAUGAGUAUUUAUUUAUGGAACAUUUCGCA